CCUCCUGCCUCCCUCCAUGUAUAAAAACACCCGGUGUCAACUUCAGCAAGCGUCAUUACAACAACACACCACACUCCAACAAAUCAAUCCACUCUUCUAUACACCAACUUAGCCCCCUCUACCACAGAUAAUCACACCACUACAACUUCAAAAUGGAUAAAGCAAAGGCAGCCAUCACCGAGUUCAUGGGCAGGUCCGGCCACCACGACACCACUGUCCACGAGGCCGUUGCCCCCGCCGUACACCACGAGGUUGUCAAGCCCCAUGUACACGAGGAGAUCAACACUGCCAUUGACAGGGAGGUCCACCAAGAUCACUAUCACCGCACUGUUCAGCCCGUCCAUGACCGCGAGGUCCUCCCCGAGACACACACUGCCAAGCUUGGAGCAGUCCAGCACCGCGAGUUUGACCACCGUGACUCUGAUGCUACCAAGAGGACCCUCAUUCAAGAUCAGGCUCGCUUUGCCGACGAGAGGCGCGUCGAGGAGACCACCCACAGCCAAAGCAUUGCUCCCACCGUUGGCGGAGAGCACGUCCACCACCACAUCCAUGAGACGAUCCAGCCAGUAGUUCAGAAGGAGACGAUCCAGCCCAGCGUUGUUCACACCACUGUUCCUAUUCACGAGGUACACCACAACAAGGCCACUCACCAUGAGACUACCGCCCUGCCCGCCAUGACCAUGGAGCAGUUCAAGGCCAAAGGUGGAUCCCUGACUGGACGUGAGGAGCGCUACGACGAGUUUGAGGGUGUUCCCAAGAACAUUGGUGGCGUCAGCACUCUCGCUGGUGCUGAGGGUCUUCACCACAAGACCACUCACGACCACUCUUCCGCCCGUCACGGCGAUCUUCACACCAAGAACCCAUUGGACCGCAACAACGAUGGUAGAGUUGAUGCCCACGACCUGACCAAAGGCAGCUCUCACAGCUCCCACAACAGCAGCACUGUCGGUACUGGCGCCUACGGAACCACCAGCAACCCCUUGGACCGCAACAACGACGGCAAGGUUGAUGCUCACGACCUGACCAAGAGCGGUUCUCACCACAACACCAGCACCGUUGGCACUGGCGCCUACGGAACCACCAGCAACCCCUUGGACCGCAACAACGAUGGCAGGGUCGAUGCUCAUGAUAUGUCGAGCAACCGCUCUCACGACUUGGAUGAUACCUCCCGCAGUAAACAUGUUGGCGCUACAGGUAAACACAAGCCCAGCCUGAUGGACAAGCUCAACCCUAAGGUUGACGCUGAUGGUGAUGGUAAGGCGGGUUUCAUGAAAUAAGUGCAGAGCACUAUACCGCCAUCAGUAUGCAUGAAAGCGAAAUACCAAGGAGACUUUCCUAUGACACUGUAAUAAUAGUAGUUUAGUAAUGAACGACAUAUACAUGAAUACUCA